AUCAUCAUCAUCAUCGACGACGACGACCAUUAUAAUCAUCAUUAUCAUUAACGUUGCGAACAAUCACCGUUAUUAUCAUCUGAAAAAAAAAUCAAACCAUCACCUGAUUUACAAAUUUUUCAAUUCAUCCAAAUAUCUAUCUAUCACACUAAUAAAUCAAGUGGAAAAAAAUAUAAUGUCAAAUUAUCGAAAAUCGAUAGAUUCGUCCGUCGUUUUUAAAAAUCAGAAUAAUUUUGCUAUUGAUCAACAUAAUAAAAAUGAUGAUGAUGAUAAUAAGAAUAAGAAUAUUGAUGAUGAUGAUGAUGAUAAUGAAUUAACAUCCUGUGGUAUUGGUUCUUGGCGUCCAAAAUGGUUGCAAAUAUUUUCCAAUCCAAUAUUUUUUCUUAUCAAUCUAUCAUUGGUUGGUAUUAUACAAAGUAUGAAUGGACCGAUAUUUUUUUCCACAAUGAGUACAUUGGAAAAACGUUAUGCAUUCGAUUCAAGAAUUUCUGGAAUCAUUUUGAUUGCUGAUAAUAUUUCACAAUUUAUGUUAAGUCCAAUUGUUGGCUAUAUUGCCGUACGUUUUAAUCGUGCACGAUUGAUUGCAUUCAGUGAAAUGUUUUUGGCAUUCUCAUGUUUCUUAACAGCUAUGCCAUAUUUUAUCUAUGGACCGGCCGAAUUAUUUGUACAUAAUGGGAAUAAUAAUAAUAUGACCAUUGCUGCUAAUAAUAAUUGGUCUUUGAAUAUUUCAAAUACAACAACAACAACAACAACAACGUCAACAAUACCAAUAUUGGCUGGUCCUUCAAUGUUUCAAAAUCGUAAACCAUUCGAAUUGUGUUCAGAUGAUAAUGCAGAAAUGAAUGAAAUGAAAUGUACAAAUAAUCGUGGUCAUACAAAAUGGUUGGCUGUGGUGAUUUUAUUUUUCGGUAGUUUUUUCAGAGGUAUUGGUUUUACCUGUUUUUUUGUCAUCGGUUUUCCUUAUCUGGAUGAUAAUGUUGGCAAGAAAAAUUCUCCAAUGUAUAUGAGCAUCAUACAAGCCAUACGAUUGAUUGGUCCGGCUAGUGGUUAUUUAUUGUCAUCAUUUUGUUUGAGAUUUUUUGAAAAUCCUUUUGUUGAUCCGGGAAUCACACGAAAAGAUCCACGUUUUGUCGGUGCAUGGUGGCUUGCAUUCUGUAUCGUUGGUGUUUUAUUAUUUAUUGCAACAUUACCAUUGUUUUUGUUUCCGGCACAAUUAAAAAAUGCAUCUGUAAAAGCAGAUAAAAUGAAAAAGAAAAUGAAAGCAGCCGGUGGUAGUAUACAGGCAUUGAAACGUUUUCUUACAAAUCCGGUUAUCAUGCUAUAUCUAGCCGGUAGUAUAUUCCGUUAUAUCGGUAUCGGUGGAUAUAUUAUGUUGAAAACAAAAUAUAUUGAAUCACAAUUUCGACAAUCAUCAUCAUCGGCCAGUUUUAUAACCGGUACAACAUCGAUCAUGCCAAUGGCCAUCGGUAUAUUGCUUGGCGGUGCAAUUAUCUCAUUGUUUCGACCGUCCACUCAUUUUAUAUUGAUCUAUGUGUUCAUUGUUGAAGGUUUAUCAAUUUUCACACUUGGUUCCGGAAUGUUUUUGGGCUGUGAUCCACUGAAGAUUGAUGGUCAUUAUGAUUCAAUGGGGAGAUUCGCAUUGAAUGCUCCAUGUAAUCAGCAUUGUUCAUGUACAGUUAGUUCAUUUUCACCGGUUUGUGGUGCCGAUGGACGUACAACAUAUUUUUCACCUUGUUAUGCUGGCUGUAGACAAAUGUUUGAUUCGAAUCAAACACUUACCGAUUGUUCAUGUGUAAACGAUGUAAAUAGUCAAGCAACAAUCGGUUAUUGUCAAAGUGAUGUUGAUAAUUGUACGAAUUUAUUUACCUAUCUAAUUGUUGUACUUUGUGGUGCUAUCGUAUCAUCUACUGCUCGUACUGCUAAUGCAUUGAUUUCAUUCCGAUCAGUCGAACCAAUGGAUAAAGGAUUCACAAUGGGUGCUGCAUCAUCAUUCAUGGCCAUUUUGGCAUUCAUCCCAUAUCCAUUAAUAUUUGGUAGUAUUGCCGAUGCUGCUUGUUUAGUUUGGGAAUCAAGUUGUGGUAAAACAGGAAAUUGUUGGCUAUAUGAUCAAGAGAAAUUCCGUUAUUAUUUUCAUGGUGCAUGCGUAUUUUUCAUGGCACUUGGCAGCAUAUUUGAUUUUAUAAUGAUAUUCUUUGCUGAUCGAAUCAAAAAUUUUUAUGAUGAUGAUGAUGAUAACGACAAUGACAAUGGUGUUAAUGUCAAAAAUAAUAUUGAUCAAGAACGACAACCACGACCAACAACAAUAAUCAAUGAAAAAAUGGGCAAACAAUUAUCCAUAAAUUUUAUACAUCAAACUGAAAUGUGUGAUUAUAAUAAUCAUCAUCAUAUAGAAAAAAAAUGAUGAUAAUAAUAAUAAUAUGCAUAACAAGAACAAAAACACCGCCAAAAACAACAUCAAGAAUAUUCUUGUCAAAAGUUAAAUGCUGACAAAUGAUAAUAGCACCUCGUUUAUAUAAUAUAUAUUACAAAUACACAUGCAGAGCAGAUGAGAUUCUUCAUAUUUUUUCUAUCAUCAUUAUUAUUAUUAUUUGAUCGAUCGAUUCUUUUUGAACAAGAAUCAGAAUUCGAAUCAUGCCAAUACAUUCAAAUUCAUCAUCAUCAUCAUCAUCACCGUUGAACAUCGAUCCAUUCAUCUGCAACAUACAAGCAUACACAUUUAGAAUGUCUGUCUUUCUUCUUUUUUUUUAACAUAUGGAAUUUUUUCUAUCUAUCUUCUCCUUUCUUUUUCUAUGCAAUGUUUUAUUAUUUAAUAUUUUUUAUUAUAUAACAAAGACAAAGAAUACCGCCAUGUACACCAACCCCAACGACCAACAUAUUUUCACAUUUUCCACACCCAUCCAUCCAUCCAUCCAUCCAUUGGUCUAUUCAUAAAUUAUAAAUCGACAAAUUUUUUUUUCUUUUUUUAAUAAUCAAUAAAAAUUGGCUCAAAUAGUAAA